GUUGACUUCAUGCAGUGACACACAGACUUGUAAUUUACGAAGUUACAAAUUAAAGGAAAAGUUAUUGAGGAGUAAACAGUACACUUCUAAAUAGGAGUUCACUCAUAAUCUUCCAUAAUUAAAUAAGAGCAAAUGAUAAUUUUCUACCAUUAAUACCUCUAUUCUAAUUAAUUAAUUGCCCCAAUUUCUCAUGGACAACCAGAUCAGUUCGUUGGUGACGAGGCAGUCCGGCGGUGGAGACCGCUGUCACGCUGUGGCGGUGGCAGGCAAACUCGGAAAAAGUUUUGGAAUUCUUUUGAAUCGUCAGAGCUCGGCGGCGCGAAUCUGGAUGUUGGCGACGGCAGAGCUCUUGCGGCCGGCGGCGGCCAGAGAUCGGUGUUGGCAGGCGAUAGUGGUCUGCAGUGGGGUGGGUAUUUGCAAUGGUAUUUUUGUCUAAUCGCUGAAAAAGUUCCUAUUUUGAGAAUAUUCAAAUGAUUACUCCUAUUUUUGCCUUUGAUUUUGCCAUGUUUUACUCGGGAAUUAUCUCUUUGAAGGAACAACAAUAAAGAAAAAACUAAUCGGACAGUAUGAGAUACUACCUCCGUUCUUAAAUAAAUGCAACACUUUGACUUUUACACUAUUCACAUGUUCUACUUUGACUACGUUUUAUUUAUUAAUGUAAUAAUAUUAUUUUAUGAAAAAAAUAUUGUUAAACUUGUCUCAUUGUAAAUUUUCAUAAUCUAAUUUUUUUAAUUUUUUUUACUAAUACAAAAUCAUUUAUAUUAAUGGUCAAAGUUGUGUCUCGGCAAGUGUGAAAUGUUGACCGUUGCAUUUAUUUAAGAACGGUGUAAGUAUUGGUCAAAUCAAAGCCAGAUAGCACCAGCUUUUCUAAGCAAAGGCACCAGAUCGCCGGCGAUAUGAGCCGCCAAAACCUUGUCCAAGUCACCGAAGAGCUUCCCGCCGAUGAAAGCCGCCGGGAACGGCGGCAACUGGGCGGCGGGAUCUCCCGUGCAUCUGAGAAUCCGGGAAAGCUGGCAGGUGACCGCGACUUCGUCCUCCUCAUCGACGUCGUGAAUGGUGGGGUUGGCGCCGAGGCCGAAGAGCAACCGCUGCAUGACGUAGCACAUGCAGCAGCCGCGCCUUCCAAACACGACGAUCGCAUUUUCCGCCACAAGAAGCGCGCAAUCGCCGUCGUCGGUGCUGGAAUCGCACGAGCCUUCGCUCGAGGUGGCGCCGGACUUACUCUCCGACCACGGCGACGUGUACGUUUUUUGCAUGGCUGAAAUUGGGAGAGGAACUUGGCAAAGGGAUCUGAGUUAAGUAU